GAGGUCAAAUAAGUGUGAAUCCUUGGAGUACACUAUUUUCUGACGGACAACACCCGAUAUGUAUCUGCUUCAUCAGUUACGGUCCCAUUGAUCCAAUUUACUACGGUUCACUUCAGUGCGAAUCGCGGUCCACAUUGAGAUUGCGUGUCGCAAUCCAUUCACACACAACAAGUCCCUCAAAAUACCCCUCCAAUACUAUUGACUGUUCAUCUUUACGUUAACCUAAUGGUGAUGACGAACACCUUGAUCAAACUGCUCGUUUUCCACUUCAUUUCGCUGUGUUAUUCCAUGAAAGUGUAAUGCCAUGUACAUUAAACAGUCAAACGAUUUAUUUUUUUUUCUUCACUUUUUAGUUAUUCCAAUGCAUAUGUUGCAAAGAAGUAUGAAAUUCGUUUCCUCAAGCGGGGCUUCUAUUGUGACCAGCACUCAAUCGGCCUCUCUCUCUAUGCCCCGUGUUCUGACUAUCAGAGCACCCACGCAGUUGGCCUCUGGUGGUUCAAUUAUCGGCCCACCGACUUUUGCCCCUAUACGUCCGGUGUGUUUACACUUCAAUUGCGUUGGACAUUUUCCGCACAUUUGACGUGAUUCGAUUUAUGAUCGCAAGUUGGAUUAUAUCCACGUCUGUGUCACAGUAACGUUUUCCGAUGCAACUAUACAGCCAACUUACAUUCCAGUAAAAAUUUCAGACAAAGCAUACGAUCGAAGGCUGAUCUCUGCUCAAACGAAUCAUCCGAAGUUGGCUUUGGAUAAGCCGUCACCUGUAGUUUAUGCCUCACGACCGUCUAAGUGCAUUGGGAGGCAGAUGGUUGCACACACCAACCUUGUGAUUCAUACUAUCUCGGAUUACUUACCGUAUUCUGAGUUGUUAUUUCACCUCUUCUAGAGAUCAUUCAGUGUCAUACAUCCGUACAUUGUGCAUUUUCUGAUUGCCUCCUGAUGAUUUGUAUUGUGCGUCGAAGUUUUUUUUACUCCCCAGAAGCUCGCUGUCCGAUUAGUUGUUGAAUCAGUUGUAUGGUAUAGGUAAUACGAUCCCAUCCAUCUAUUUAGUGUCACACACUGAGCCACUACCAUUAAUUGUAUGAUACUUUCUUCCAACGUGCAUUCAAAUCUAGUAGGGUUCGAGGGCGAUGCGUACUACUGAAGAACCGUAGUAGAACGGACUCUCCAUGCAAUGCUUCUGAUGUGCGGUGGCUGUCGAACUGAACCGAACUGCAAUGAAACUUCUCACAGCAACAAUAGCCCAUCUACUGCGUCCUGAUAGAAAAUCUGCCUGAUCAGUGGAUAAACCGUCCCAUCAACUUAUUCGUGUCUUUUCGGAAUUUAUUUCCGUACGGACUGUGUUUUAUCGCAUUUUUAUCAUUCCACAUCAGUAUUGACGUGUACGAUGAGAGUACGAGUGUUGAUUUGCUUGAUCUACACCUCUUUUGCUCAGGAGAAAUAUCUCCUUCAUUGUCUACUCCGGUUGCACUUAUUUUUCAGGGCACACUUCUACUGUCCAGUCCCGCGAACACAGCGGUCUCCAUUGCCACCCAGUUGCCUACAUCCUAUCACAGCUCCUGUGAAGCCGAGAGCAACAUCUUUCCUGGGCUAACUGGUGCUGAUAGCAUGCAUACCCAGCAUGGGAGACUCUUUGCUCCUCAAGCGAGUGGCUACUACGACCUUGUUACAGACCCUCCGGCUCCCGGAGUUCUAUCGGGUUAUGCUCAACCUACCAGUCCUUCAGGCCGCGAAUCUGGAGACGAACAAGAGCAUAUUCCAACCGGCCUCAAAACAAAUGGUUUACGGCGAUAUGCCCGUUGUGUUUGCGACAAAGUGAAGGAGAAGGGUAUCACCUCCUAUAGCGAGGUGGCUGACGAGUUGGUGCACGAGUAUGCAGCUGAGCAUCCAAUGAUACCCUCCGAACAGUUGCACUACAUUCAAAAGAACAUCCGACGCCGCGUGUACGAUGCCCUGAAUGUUUUGAUGGCACUCAAUGUCCUUCAAAAGGAGAAAAAGGAGAUUCGAUGGGUGGGCCUCCCUGUCAACAUGAUUGAGGAGUGUCGCCGAUUAGAAGAGGAGCGCGAAAAAUGUCAAGUUUCUUUGCGCAACAAGACAGUGGAAAUUCAAGACCUCAUUUUGCAACUGAUAGCCUUCAAGAACUUAGUUAUGCGAAAUCGGAUCAACGAACGUAGCCGUCGUAGCAAGUUUACUACUGAUGGGUUGAUGCCUGAAAAUGAUGGCCAUACCGAACUUGCACGUCUCCCAGGGCUUGAGCAACCUUCAUCAGCAGUACGAACGGAGAAAGUUCCACUUCCGUUUCUUGUAAUUUCCACCCAUCGCAAGACUGUCAUCGACUGCAACAUAUCCACUGAUAAGUUAGAAUACCUAUUCAAUUUCGACCAGGCUUUUGAAAUUCGCGAUGAAGUUGACACGUUAAAGCGAAUGGGACUGAUGUUGCGGUUGGGAACCAUUCAUUGCACCCAAGAAGAAUACAAUCAGUGUUUGGAGCUCGUACCACCUUCACUUCGUUUUUAUGUAGAAGCCCUUUACGAGCGUAGACCGGCAAUUGUCCCGGAUUUCGAUGCUUUGCACCAGCAACGCCGCCUAUUCGUUGAGGCUCGCCUGGCUGCUGUUGCGAAUCAGGCCGGCAAUCGAGUUGAUGAGCAUGGUGAACCACUUGGGCACCGGCCUGGCGUGCAUAACUCUCGUCAUUCACCAGUGGAUUCCAGCGCACAUUACGGCAGUUUGUUUGGCAGUGCCAUCAGAUGCUCCUCUAGUGAUAACACGUUGCGACAGCUGUACGUGUCGCGCUCUGUGGACGAUCCGGAUGAUGGACACUUGAUUUCCAGUUCUGGAACUAUCUCUUCAAGUGGGUUUGUUCCUGGUGACACUCAACAUUAUGCUCGCGCUGCUGCCUCACGCGGUUACGUAGUUCCCGGCGGUCCCGGCGGUCUUCUUCGUCAUCGACAACAUCCGAGCGCGCAAGUUCCUUCGGGAUCCUCAGGUCACCCCUUCGUGGCUGGUGACCGCGUUGUUCCUUCCGAUACCGUUAACGCUGGCUCAUCAUUGGGUGAUAUCGUGUGUUCAGUGAAUUGUGACUCUCGGCAGGAUAUCUCAUCUACCGCUGGCUCCGGACGCCUUAUAUCGCAUGAGGAUCGGGAAGAUCUGGCCGACCCAGAAGACGAUCUCAUGAGUCACCCUGAUGAUGACGAUGAUGAAGAUAUGGAGGAUGUUUGACUUUUGUCUAACCACACUGUACAUAACAACUGACUAGAAUUUUAUUGAGACUCUACCAGCUAUGAAUUGACGAUGAGCGCUUUCAGACCACGUCGAAUCACUGGACUGUGAAUAUACCAUAUGGUUACACUGAAGACCGUACUCACCAAGCACUUGAAGGUGUUCUCCUUCGUCACGUCCUUGAAUAUAUAUUCUUUCCU